CCCUAGAAUAGAGCAGUCUGAGAGCAAAAUGCAAUCAUUAAUGACGAGUGGGCCUCAGAGAGGUGGAAAUCGAGAAGGCUCCAUGAUGUAUAGUAAUGCAUAUAGACCUAGUGAGUGUAACAGGUUUCGUAGUACAUCCUCAACAGAUAAGUUACGAGAUGCAAGACAAACACGGUUGUGUUUUACACGUUUGCAAGAGGUGCAUACAAAGGUGAACUGUGAACCAGUGAGCAAGUUCAGUGAUAAGCUAAAUGUAAACUCCAGGCAUGACUCCGAAUUGUGUGACGAUAACGGUUUGGUCAGGAAGUCUGUAGUUGCAACUGGUAAGUCAUUGUUGAAUAGAGUGUCACAGAAUAGAGUUGCUGCUUCAGAGUGCAGUUCUGACUCCACAAUUUUACAAGGUAUUACUAGUCAGAGUGAAGUUAUAAAACCUUUUAGGAUUUGCGAGGAGGAACCAAAAUUGUCUACUUCUGUUAUUAAAGAGUUUGAAAAUGAUGAAGUUGACGGUAAAGUGAAUAUUCGUGAUAAUGAUCAUGAUACUUCACAGUUGUCUUUGGUUGAUCAUGAUGAGAUGAGGGAUAUGCCUACUACUGCUAAGUUGAACAAAGUUUCUGUACAACUUGAACGUGAAGUAGAAACAAAUGCAGAUGCAGUUGCAGAAGGCAUGCAUACUUGUGAGACCGUCAGUGUAAGUGAUCAGCAUGUAGCCCACCUAUCAUCAGAUGCUAGUGCUAAACCUGAGCUGAUAGUAAAAUACAGCAGUGGUGGUGGUCUUGCAUGUAGACAAACUUUUGAAAGUCGAGCAACAACAGCUUUUGAUCCACCGCUAACUUCAUCAACUGAUAUCAAUCAGUCGUCGUUGGUGCUGUCAUCCACAAUGAAACAGACGCCCAUCAUCUCAAGUAUCUUGUGCAAUGACUAUGCUAGUAUCAGUUCGUUUGAAAGGACGAAUAUCAAUGGUCAGUUUAGUGAGGAUAAGCCAAGUGUAAACGAGAGAGUAAUUGUUAAAUUGACUUGCACGAAUAAAGGCAUUUCUAGUUUCAAGUUACUAAUUGAAUGUUAUUAUCUUUGGUGUAAAUUACUCUAUGCCUACGCUUGGUUGACCAGAUACGUCGGGUGUUUGUUCGUCAUCUAUGUUCUACGAUACAAUGACAUGAGCGUGUUACCGUUCAGAUUUGAGGAUAUAGACGAUAGAAGGAAGUCAGCAAAUGAACUCUGCGAUGAUUUUCCAACCUAGGGCGUCAACCUAAGAAGGGUUGUAGGCGUACUGCUGUAAGUCCUACAAUUCUUCAAAGGGUAGCGCAUCAAUGAGCAGUCCAAUGUGCUUGGUGUGUGAUUUUGUACAUAUGUUCAUAUUGUAUAUACUGAAUUGAUAUCAUCUGUCAUCUAGCUGUUGGUAAUUCUGUUUGUGUCCGGACGACUUCCACUUGGAUCAUCAACCUGAGAAGGAAUGUAGGCGUACUGCUGUAAGUCCUACAGUUCUUCAAGGGUAGUUUGUCGUGCCAGAAUCCACAACAUUUGAUGUAGUGAUUGUACAUAUGUUUGUGUUAAAUAAUUGUGUGAGUUCCAAUUAUUGUAAUUGUUGGUUAAUCUUGUUUGUGUCCGGACAUUCCACAACUUACAAUCGUCAAACUGUGAAGGGUUGUAGGCGUACUGGUGUAAGUCCUGCAAUUCUUCAAAGGAAUUCCAUCAAGACAUGAUCGGCGAGUUUGUGUGUACUGUUUGUGUAUACGUGUGGUGUGUCAUAUCAAUUGGUGGUGUUUUGGAUUCAUUGUGUUUACUCGUUGUUUUCGUACCUUGUUGUUAUUGCAUAAUUUUGUUAAAAUUUUCGUCGUGAUUACUUCUGAAGUUGUUUCGAGUCUUCUACAUCCGUGAAUGAAUUGAUUGAUGUUAAGGACAGCAGAUGGGUCGUAUACGCCGGGGAGGCUAGGCUAUUGCUGAGAAUGAAAUGCACACGGAGAUAAUUGUUAGCUGCGGUCCGACACGCCGGGGAGAAAGAGUGUAAACGACUGAGGCUCGCAUGCGUCACCGCUACUAGAACUGAGGCAGAAUGAGUGACAAGCGAUUGCAGUGGUAAUUGGUAGUGAGUAGAUAAGAGGAUGUGCGUAGAGUAUCGUGAGGUGGUGCUAUGGUCACGUUGCAUUCUGCAAGAGUCAUUCUAGCAAGUGGCGAUUGUGUUGCAAGAGGAUGCCUUUAACUCGAAGGCGCAGGUCGUCAUUGAUGUGUGAGAUUGUGCUGUGAGUAUGCUUGUGGUGUGUUGGCUUUUCUGUUUGUUUUCCAUUUCAGCUCUGUCCGUGUGACCCAGGUUCUCGCAAUGGCAUCCAAGUCAACGUGCAUUGGUCGUGAAGGAAAAAAGGGUUGGAUCCCUUUUUUGCCAGGGAGUGUCAAUGGAGUUGAAGAUUGAACGAUCAAUUCUUGGUUGUUUGCUCAAAAUCAACUUCCCCAAUUUUCGCGGAGGCAUCAAUACGACAGUCAUCGUCUCAUCGGUCGCUGUUCAGAAAGAAGUCAGUAGCAAACCAUCAGAAGUAAUCUUAUGAUUUAUUAUUGUAAUAUUUGUUCACAGACCUUAGUUCAAUUAGUAUUUUUAUAUGUUGGUGCAACAAUAAAGAAUUCUC